AUGGCUAUAGAAAAUACAAAAUCUUCUGUUGAAUCUCGAAAUCACCCGCGUUUAGUACCAUCAAAACGUUUUACAUUGGCAUUACUUGUAUUUUUUGCAUUUAUUGUUCAAUAUUCUCAACGAGUAAACCUACCCAUAGCUAUUGUAUGUAUGACUGAAACUCCGGCAUGUGGACAUAAUCACUCUUCAACUCCUUUAAAAACAGGAUUAAAAAAUGAAACGUUGAACUUUAUUUUAAACUCAUCGAUGACAGGAAAGCAAAGUUGCACUUCUGAAAAGAAAGGAGGAUUGUUCGAUGAAAAAAGAUUUCAUUGGACCGAAUUAAACCAGCAACUUCUUCUAGGUGCAUAUUGGGCUGGUUAUAUUUUCACACAAGUACCAGGUGGCUGGCUAGCAACCAGUGUAGGUGCAAAAUGGGUUUAUGCAGGCUCUCUUGGAACCAGUUCAUUAGCUACUCUAGCUAUGACAAUAAUGCAUAAAAUGUCAAGUACACAUGUUACCAUUGCAUUUAUGCUUCGAUUUAUAACGGGCCUUGCACAUGGUGUACUUUUCCCAGCAACCAUCGCUCUUUGGUCACUGUGGGCUGUUCCACACGAACGAAGUACGCUUGCAUCGAUCGGAUUUUGUGGUACACAUCUUGGAACAUCCAUAACAAUGCUUUUUGGGGGCUUGUCCUGUCGUUAUCUAUCUGCAGGAUGGAUGUAUGUAUUUAUUGCCUCGAGUAUUCUUGGUUUUAUAUGGCUUGCAUUAUGGAUUCGAUUAACAGCAGAUUCACCAAAUAGUCAUCAGUCAAUUAGCGACCAUGAACGUGAUUAUAUAGGUAGUUUUACAGGUCAUACCGGAACGAAACGUACCAUGUCAUUAGCAUCAAUACCAUGGAAAAAUAUUAUAAAUUCAAAACCAUUAAAUGCUUUAAUGAUAACACAUAUAGCAAAUUUGUUCGGUUUAUUUUUCUUUUUAACAAGCCUUGGUAAACUUUUAACGCAACUUUUACACAUUAAAGCAGAAAAUACUGGUUAUAUUUUAUCGUUUGGAUUUUUUCUAACGUUAUUAAGUAGUUUAUUGUCAGGUAUUGCCUGUGAUCGUUUCGUUCGAUCGAAAAAAGUAACAUUAACUAAUGCAAGAAAAAUAUCUAAUGGUUUAACAUCAUUCAUACCCGUUAUCUGUAUGAUGCUGCUUUACUUUUGUGAUGAACGUCGAUAUGAAUUAGGUGUUUUUACUAUUCUCAUUUUUCUUGCUAGUUCUGGUCUCGGUUAUGGUAGUGGUUAUGUAGUAAAUUUCGCUGAUAUUGUUCCAGCUUAUUCCGGUGUUAUAUUUGGUAUUGCUAAUACAUUAGCAUCACUAGCUGGAUUAAUUGGAAAUUUAGUGGCCGGAGCAGUUAUUAAGAAGCCAGUUUUAGAACAAUGGCGAAAAUUAUAUGUCAUGUUUGGUAUUGUUUAUUUAAUUGGUGGUGUUGUCUAUAUUGUAUAUGGUUCGGCUGUACCAAGAAAAUGGGCUAAAUUUCAGGCUGUGAACAAUGAUGCUAAACUUGAAGAGAAUACAAAAGUUGAAGAGGCGCCACCGACGACCGAAAAAACUUAA